AUGAAGAAUUUCAAAAUAAAGAGUUACACGAAAUCAACGUACGCGUAUACAAAGUUACGAAAAAGUUUCGGGAGGCAGCCAUUAUUUCAAAUUGUUCCUGCACAUAUAAUAGAUUCCAUAAACCCCAACGCAGAGUUACAGAAUGAAUAUAUGCUUCGAAAUCCUGUGCAUCGUGAAGUGCAGGCCACUUUACCACAAUCUGAACAUGAUACUAACACUAAGCAAAUAUUUAUACACGAGCAAGGAAUAAAUCAUACCGAAGGUGGUUGGCCUCGAGAUGUUCAUCUCUAUAAUGAAGAUCACCUCAACCGUCAUCGUCGUCGAGUACAACACGAUGAUAACUACGUGCAUUCGAUUUUAAAAAUGAGACCUCAUAUUGAUCACUGUAUAGCACAAAACAACGCAAUUGAUAUGUACGAAACGUAUUUUGCUGAUAUGCAACUCCAAACACCAGUAGAGAAGUAUCAUAUUCAAAUUGCUAACACAUUUCGGGAUCCAUUUUGUCGCCCUAUAUCAUGCAUUGUAUGGACAAAUGAAAAAAAGGCGAAAUUAGUUGCAUCAUAUUGCCACAAGAGGUAUCCGGAAUCGGAAAAUUAUCAGAAAAACGUUUGCUAUGUCUGGGACGUAAAUAAACAAACUUCCCCAUUAUUUGAAUUUUUUCCGUCGCAUGGAUGUUGGCAAGUAGCAUGCCUUCCAUCGGAAUCUGAAUUAUUGAUUACUGGACUUGAAAAUGGUACCGUUAGCGUAUUUGACAUUCGUGUAAGUUCUAACUCUGUAGGUAGCAGUUCCAUCUACAACUCUCAUUUUGCACCAGUUUCAGCCCUGCUUUACACCCAUUCCCGAACUAACACCGAAUUUUUUACUGGUUCUCCUGACGGGCAAUGUCUUUGGUGGGAUAAAAGAAAUAUUUCCAAGCCUAUUGAUCGGUUGAAAAUGGCUGUUAAAUUAGCAACAAAUGAAGAACCAAGUUUUAUAAAUUCUGAAGGUGUCAGCAGUCUAGAAUUUGAUCGUGGCUUACCGACAAAAUUUCUGUGCGGUACAGAGUCUGGGUUAAUUAUUAAUGCUAAUCGUAUGGGUAGAAGCCAUUCUGAGAUUUUGACGUCAUAUUGGGAAGCACAUACAGGACCAGUGAGAGCGGUUCAACGAAGCCCCUGUACUUUGAGAAUGUUUAUCUCUUGUGGAGAUUGGAGAGUACGCAUUUGGAGUGAAGAAGUUCGCACGGCACCUAUUAUUGUAACAAGUCCAUAUCGAUAUCAAGUGACUGAUGUAUGCUGGGCGCCUAUGCGAUAUUCCAGUUACAUGGCUGUUUCAGAAGAUGGUGUAUUUUAUUAUUGGGAUCUUAUAAGAAAAUUCAAUAAGCCAGUCACUAAACUCCAUAUAUCCAGACAUGGCCUAAAUAAACUAAACCCUCAUCCAGGAGGUCAAUCGAUUGCUGUUGGUGACUAUAAGGGAUCAUUAUUUUUGUUACAUUUAUCUGAAAAUAUGACUAUUCCCGGUACAAAUGAUAAACAGCUAGUGCAUCAAAUUUACAAUAGAGAAACUAAACGGGAGCAUAAUGUAGAUACGCGUCUCAAAGAAAUACGUCUGAAAGCGCGUGCAGACGUAGAAACACCAACUAUACUCAAUGAAGAAGAUGAAAUUAGCGAUGUUGAGGAUCUUGAAAAAUUAACUGAACAAUAUCUUAACAUUGUUAAAGAAGAGAUGGGUCAAAUGGGUGGAGUAUUAGCGAACAAUUUAUCAUAUAGCAAUUUAUCGAACAUUAAUUAAACCAACUAAAAUCCACGAUAGACCAUUGCCUUACUUUUAUUAAACAUGCAAUU